GCACAAUGUCUCAACCACGCAAAGCCUUGAUUGCUAUCACCUCCGCCCAUGCGCCCCUCUAUCCAGAGGGCAAAGAGACCGGUCUUUUCCUCACUGAAGCCCUACACCCAUUUAACGUCUUCAAAGAAGCCGGUUUCGAAGUCGACCUGGUUUCCGAAACAGGCACCUACCAGCCCGACUGGCUGUCCCAGCAAAAGGAUUGGCUCCCUGAGGAGGAUCGAAAGGUCUGGGAGGAUCACUCGAGCGAAUUCCGAUCGAAACUAGACAAGCUGUUGAAACCCAGUGAUGUCCAAGCAGGCAGUUAUGGAUUGUUUUUCGCCUCGGCCGGACACGCAUCCUUGAUCGAUUACCCUGAUGCUAAGGGCUUGCAAGCCAUCGCUUCGAAGAUCUAUGGUGAUGGUGGAAUCGUUUCGGCUGUAUGCCACGGAGGCGCCAUCUUCCCUGGCAUUCUGGACCCAAGUACCGGAAAGUCAAUUAUUGACGGUCGUAAAGUAACGGGCUUUACGACUCGCGGUGAAGAAGAAGGCGUCCUCGAGACAAUUCAGAAGUGGAAUAGGCCUACGAUUGAGGCCUCUGCAGCUUCGUCUGGAGCGACUUAUGUAUCGCCGGCUGGUCCUUGGGAUACAUUCACUAUAACUGAUGGAAGGAUUGUGACGGGAGCAAACCCUGCGAGUGCUCAUGUUACGGCUGAGGCUGCUGUAAAGGCUUUUGAUGGGCUGUGA